GCAGCCAAGCCCAAACAGGGACCCAAGGCACCGCAGAUCCCGCGCAAGCGACGCACAGCCAUGGCUGCAGCAGCCGACAGCAACAUGCCAGGCAGUCCCAAGAGGCCGGUUCCCCCUCCUGUGCCAGUUCAACGGGCAGAUGAAGACGCACUCGCGUUUCUCGAGCGUCUCCAACAGUAUACGGAGAGCAAUGCCACCGAACUCCGCACAUGGGAGAAGGAGAAUGCCGCCCGACGGGAAGCCAUCCGACUCCAACAAGAAGUGGAACAGGCAGCACGUCAGCAGGCCGCUGCCGACUCUGCAGCAGCCGCACGGAUGCAGCUGCAGCAGCUCGAGGCAAGUCAGACUCAUGCUCGGUACCAGGCUGCCAUGAACCUUCUCAACGAAGAAGCCGCAUACGGCAGAGUACUUCGACAGCAGCACUUCCGAGCAACUGAGGAGCAAGAAGAACCAACCGAGGACAAGAGAAAUAGGGAAACUACAGCAGUCUUGAUUGAGAACCUGCGGUACACGUACAAUGGGCAACAACGUGAACUGUUGGCUAUGCGGCAGGCCGACACCGGCAUGCUGCAGGCUGCCGACAGCCAACAGCAGGCCAUCAACGACCGAUUGCAGGACUGCGUCGAUGCCGGGAUGGCACGACUGUCCACAGUCAAGUCAACGGGCGGUGCAGUUUCAGACAGCAGCCCAGCUUUGGCCACUCAAGCCAAACAGCUCGAUGAGCGGAUCAAUCACAUCGUCGCAUCCCUUGGCGACAUCAGCAAGUUUGCCGGAACCUCGACAGUCAACAGUCAAUUGAAGACGCUCAACGAUCAAGUCCAGCAACGAGCGGCCGCCAAGGAAUGGAAGAUGUCGAACUUCAAGAUCGAGAAGUUCGACGAUUACCAUAAGACUGAUCCGCUGCAAUGGUGGAUGGCGUUCAACGCGGCGGCUAACGUACAUCAUACUCCGCCCCUACGGCGGAUGGACGCAUUGUACCUCCAACUUAUAGGUGGGGCGCAAGCAUUCAUGACGCACAUGGCCGUCACGCUCGAAUGUACCAUCGCCACCCUCCACACGAAGAUCACGUGGGAGGAGUUUGAGAAGAAGUGGAAGACCCGGUUCAUGGUGAACAACGACAAGCGUCACGCCUUGAACAAGAUCUUCCGCAUCUUCCAAGGCCAGCAACCUUUGCGAGAAUGGCUGACGGAGUGGCAAAGACUCGUCGCCACCCCGGAGUUGAACCUGCCGUUCGACUCAAUCCGAGGCGAGUUCUUCGCCCGAUCUUGCGAGGCCUUGACAGCUGCUCUUGGCAGCGAAUUCGAGUAUAAGAACUUUGACAACAUGAUCGCCAAAGCUAGAGAACUUAUACAAGCACCAAACACAUCACUAGCGCCUGCCUCGACAAGGACAAGGAGAAUGUUGCACCAAACACAUCACCAGCGCCUGCCUCGACAAGGACAAGGAGAAUGUCAAUGUCAAAGGUCCGGGCUCGGGAAACUGAGCACCGCGGGAAGUGCCGCGACAACACUUCCCAGUCCGCCGGAGUCGGCUGCCUUGCUAGCAGCCUCUCUCACAUCCGGGGACACCGCGGUAGUCGCAAGUUCUCGCGUUGAGUUUGAGAACUAUGCUGUCGAGCUGGUCCCACCGUUGAACCAGCCUCUCCACGUGCAAGAUUCAAGCGUAUGCGCGGCAGUUCCGCCGUCGGACAACGAACCGGUUGCUUCGCCAGCCCUUCUAUCGGAGGAUCCGUCAACUUGGGCGAGACUUGAGGAAUUCGACCCGUUGACGGUUGAGGACUUCCAAUGGUUGCCUCUUCCCUCCACCCGUUCUUUGCCAACUCCGCAUUGCAAUGCCUUAAUGGCACAUCUAUGCGAAUACUUGCAUGUUGCAGUACCACCUCCGUCGACGGACGGCGGAGUAGCGGUUGUUGAUCUUCGUAACUAUCUUGCGAAGAUCGACCGUGAGUACGAAACGCAACGGUACGUCGACAACGACGCGCCGCUCCUCUACAUCCGCAUUCAGAUCGGAAAGGCGACCUGCAGUGCCUUGAUCGAUUAUGGAGCGACUAGCAACUACAUCAUCCAAGACUUCAUGGCACGUGCGGGGCUGGGCCCGCGCGUUCGAAGGAAAAGUCAGCCUACGCACGUCACGUUGGCCGAUGGUCACGCGCAAAAGUCAAUCGACCGAUGCGUUGACUCGGUGCCCGUGUACUUUGCCCCGCUAGCAUGCAAGGUCGUGUCUUUCGACAUAUUGGACACCAAGUUCGAUAUGAUCCUAGGCAUGUCGUGGCUGCAAAGCGAAGACCAUCCGGUGAACUUCCAUCGACGCACCGUUCACGUUCGUGAUCGGCGUGGCAAACUAGUCCCGUGUACGGUGCCGCUUCCUCAUCCUUCGAUUGGUUAUCACGUGGUAUCCGCGGCGAGCAUUCGCCAAUCCAUCCGGCGGAACGACAUCGAGGAGAUGGGCAUAUGUUUUCUUCACGCCCUCCCACCCGGUGAUCAGCUCAAGACGGAUACGUCGGACCCACGCAUCAUUGAGCUGUUGGACAGCUACGAGGAUGUCUUUCAAGCUCCCGCCGGAGUCAUAUCGGAUCGGCCCAUACGCCACGGGAUCACCUUCGAGGACGGCGCCGUACCUCCGCGCGGAUGUGUAUACCGCAUGAGCGAAGAGGAACUUCAAGUGCUUCGGGCACAACUAGACGACCUCUUGGCCAAGGGCUGGAUUCGCCCUAGGUGUUCGCCAUACGGUACUCCCGUUCUCUUCGUCCGGAAGAAGAACAAGGACCUUCGUUUGUGCAUCGACUAUCUGAAACUUUACGUGCAAACGAUCAAGAACGUCGGCCCUCUCCCUCAGAUCGAUGAUCUUCUCGAGCGACUAGGCGGCACCAAGUACUUCUCGAAGCUUGACCUCAAGUCCGGAUAUCACCAGAUUGAGAUCCAGCCAAGAGAUCGGUACAAAACCGCUUUCAAGACGCGGUAUGGGCAUUUUGAGUGGAUCGUCAUGCCUUUCGGUGUCACCAAUGCCCCGACUACUUUCCAAGCGGCUAUGACGACGGAAUUCCACGACUUACUCGACCGCACCGUGCUCAUUUACCUCGAUGACAUCUUGGCUUAUAACCGGACACUGAACGAGCACCUCGAGCACCUUCGCGCCGUUUUGGAGCGGCUUCGAAUCGCCAAGUACAAGACGAACCGCGACAAGUGCAUUCGUCCGCUCGCGGACAAGGUACAAGCUAUUCAAGAUUGGCCGGACCUCAAGUGUACUACCGACGUCCGCUCCUUUCUCGGCUUGGCAUCGUACUACAUGCGCUUCGUCAAAGGAUUCCAACAUAUCGCUGCACCAUUGUCGCGACUUCAGUCCCCCUUGGUGCCCUUCGAGUUCAGCGACGAGGCCCGGCAUGCGUUUCACACGUUGAAGACGGCUUUGCUUCAAGCUCCCGUCUUAAGCAUCUAUGACCCGACUUUGCCCACCAAAGUGACUACGGAAGCUUCCGUUUAUGGCAUUGGCGCGGUUUUGGAACAACAUGACGGCACAGACUGGCAUCCGGUUGAGUACUUCAGCCAAAAGGUGCCGCCCAUCAACACUCUUGAUGAUGCGAGGAAGAAGGAACUCCUAGCUUUUGUCACAGUACUUGAGCGUUGGCGUCACUUUCUCCUUGGGCGUCAGCGAUUCACGUGGGCAACGGACAACAAUCCGUUGAAAUAUUACAAGAUGCAAGACACCGUGCGCAGCACGAUCGGUCGAUGGAUGUACUUCAUCGACCAGUUCGCCUUCACCUCCAAGCACAUUCCGGGUUCCUCGAACAAGGCGGCAGAUGCUCUCUCGCGAAGACCUGAUCUUUGCGCCUUGGUGGACUCCACAUUCGGCCUCGACGAGAACCUGCAACAACACUUUGUAAACGGUUACAAGUCGGAUCCGGGAUUCUCCACUCUCUAUGCGGACUUAUCAUCGGAUCAACCGUCGGCAAGCAACUAUCGCAUUGACGACGGCUACUUGCGUCUUCAUACACGAGGCAAGGACUCGUUGUGUGUUCCCCAAGACCGCAUCUUGCGCACUCGCCUCCUUGGCGAAUACAAUGAUUCACGGCUGGCGGGACACCUUGGCGUCGCAUGCACACUGGUACGACUCCGCCAGCGAUUUCACUGGUCGAACAUCAUCAGCAACGUCAAUCGGUAUAUUCAGUCAUGUGCAGUUUGCCACCGGAACAAAGGGUGCCAUCAGCUCCCUUACGACGAACUGAAACCAUUGUCGAUUCCUCGGGCACCGGGUCUCUCCAUUGCUAUGGAUGUGACCAGUCCUUUCCCUCGCAAUCGCCUUGGUCAUGAUGGUAUUCUCACGGUCGUUGACCGUUUGAGCAAGUACGCUCGAUUUCUUCCAUGCAAGUAUCAUGCGACGGCUCCCGAGCUCGCACGACUUUUGCAUACCGACUGGUUUUGCAGCCACGGCAUUCCGGAAGACAUCGUCAGCGACCGCGACACUCGUUUCAUGUCGGCCUUUUGGACGACACUUAUGGUGGAAUCCGGCACCAGCAUGAAUCCGAGUUCCUCACGGCAUCCUCAAACGGAUGGGCAAACGGAACGUGCGCACCAGACUGCGCAGAUGAUGCUCCGCACACUCAUCCACCCGGAUCAGAAGGACUGGGUUGAUCGCCUUCCCGACAUCGAGUUCGCCUAUAACACUUCGGUGCACCCGGCGAUUGGCGUGACUCCAUUCGAGUUACACCAUGUUGGACGGAAAGGACGUAUCUUCGCAGACAUUUUGCUUCCACAGGCUGCCGAUAUAGACGCCGCUUGCUCCCCCGUUUCUACACGGAAGUACAGGGAACUGCUGGCCAAAGCCCGCGCAAACAUGCAAAAGGCUCAGUCCGAGUCAGUCCAAGCUGGCGAGUCUCCGACGGACAGUGCGGAACCACAAGGAUCUGCACGAGGAUACCACACGGGCACUCAAUUCCCGUGUACAACACUUGGAGCUAGCAGCACCAGGACCAGAUGCUGGCGAACCCAGCAGUGCAGCUCAACCCGCCAAUUGGAGGAACGAGUUGACUAUGUAGUCGCAAUGCUCGACGACAUCAGCACCUUCGCCACACCAGCCACCAUCAACGAGCAGCUGGACACCUUGAAGACUGAGGUUUGGCAACUGCACCAGCUGCCUGACAAGGAUGGCAACACCAGUGCGCAGCAGUACAAGAUGCCGACAUUCCGGAUCGAAAAGUUUGAUGAUUAUACGCAUGAAGACCCGGUCCCCUGGUGGCAGGGUUUUACGACGGAACUGCGGAGUCAUAACGUCCCCGAGCACUCGUACAUCGGGGCGUUGUUCCUUAACUCAAAGGGCGGAUGCCAGAUCUGGCUCAGCCACCUGGCAACCAUCCACGGCGUCCAGGUCGCCGAUCUACACAAGAAGAUCUCUUGGGAAGAUCUGAAGAGACAAUGGAAGAAGCGAUUCAUCAUUGACGACGCCGCGACGCUCGCCAUCAACCGCCUCUUCAGCAUGGCUCAAGGCAACACACCAACAUGUGACUGGCUCACGGAGUGGCAAAAGAUCGUGGCAACACCCAAUCUUGACUUGCCAUUUCCACAUCUGGGCCGGGAGUUCUACAACCGGUCGUGUGCCACCUUGAACCUCGCACUCGGUGAUCGCGAGCAAUACACAACCUUCGCCGAAAUCAUCGACAAGGCGCGAGAGAUCAUCAAGACCAACCGGACUGCUGCACACGAGAAGUCAGCGUGGCAGCCAGCCCAUGUGGAGAAAGGAAAAUUUGGUCCGCAUCCGCAGCAAGUCGCCGCAGUCCAACCGGACAACAUUGCAGAAGACCCGGCAGCCACCCCAGCAUCACGUGAGGGAGAUCAGCCGAAGUUUGGACGAGCACGUGGAGCGCAUGCGCACUGUUUUGGACCGACUACAACAAGCCAAGUACAAAGCCAACCGCGACAAAUGCGAAUUCGCGCGGCAAGAGCUCGAGUCUUGGGCCAUUAUGUGACGUCGCAAGGCAUCCGUCCGCUUGCAUACAAGAUCAAGGCCAUCUGCGUAUGGCCUGAGCCCACCAACACCAUGGACAUUCGCUCAUUCAUGGGGUUGGCAGGCUACUAUCAAUGCUUCAUCACCGGGUACUCAAGGAUUGUCGCACCAUUGAUGAGAUUACAAUCGCCAAAGGUGCCAUUCGUGAGCAAUGACGACGCGCGGUGGUCAUUCCAAGCACUCAAGACGACCAUGCUCAUGGCACCUGUCCUUAGCAUCUACGACCCCACCUUGCCAACGAGAGUGACAACUGCCGCUUCAGGCUAUGGCAUUGGGGCAAUCUUGGAACAACAUGACGGCGGCGACUGGCACCCCGUGGAGUAUUUCAGCCACAAAGUGCAUCCCAUCAAUUCACUUGAUGAUGCAAGGAAGAAGGAGCUUCUCGCAUUCGUGAUGGCUCUCAAGUGAUGGCGGCACUUCCUCCUUGGACGUCGUAGGUUCACAUGGGUCACUUAUCACAACCCAUUGA